AUGGCUUUCAAUCAGCAGCAGCAGCAGCCGGCGCCGGCUUUCAACCAGCCUCAUCAGGCGGCUCUCAAUUUGGCGGCCGGCGCGACAUUUUGUGGCGGCGGCGCCGGCCAAGAUCAUUCGUCUCUGUCGACGGCGCUCAAGCAAGAGUUUCCCUAUCAUAUCCAGCAGCAGCAGCAGCCGCCGGCGCAAGUCUAUGGCGAGAAUUUGUUUGCCAUCGAUGCUCGAUGCGCCGCCAGCAGACAAACUCAGCAGCAGCAGCAGCAGCAGCCGCAGCAGCCGCAGCAGCCGCAGCAGCCGCAUCAAGAGCGACUGUCGCCGGCCAAUCAACAGCAUCAGGCCCAAGCUCUGUUCGGCUCCGGCCAGUCGACGAUGCUCGCCGACGAGCUGCUCGUGCAAUCACACGAUUUAAGCACCGCCGGCGGCUUGGAUUGCGAGCAGAGAAGCGAACCAGACGAGCUGCUGGAAUUCGGCGAACGGCGGCCGCAUCAGCACCAGCAGCAGCCGCAUCAGCCGGCGGCCGGACGAAACUCGACUCGCUACCUGGCCAAAAGUGGCCGAGCGACGAUGCCGGUGCUCGAUUUGGACGAAGACGAAGACCAAGACGAAGAGCAAACCGACGACCAAGACGGCGAGUCAACGAGUUGCUCGGCCAACUCAAACAGGCAACUCCAUGGCUGA